CUCAUCAUCUGCCACUCAGACUAAGUGGGAGAGGUGGCAACGAUGGCGGUGGAGAUGGCCAUCAGAGCUUCCGCCACCCCAAGACCCUCCCUGCCUCCACCCAAACUUUCUCUCAAGCCACCCAAAUUUAGACCCACCUCUGUUUCCCUACCAACAUCAACCACAAUCUCCCUUUUAGGCCUUUUCACCUCCCCCAUUGAAGCCAAAGCUUUCAGCCUCUCCAAGGACCAGAUUGUCUCAUCACUCACUGAAGAAAGAACUGUAUAAAACGAUAUUGAUCAGAUGCAGCAAGUGGGUUCGACAGUUUUCGACGGCACGGCGCAUGUUCUGGAAUCUGUUCUGAAUGCAGUGAAGCCCGGCAUUGAUGCGGCGUUGCCGAUUGGGAAACAGGCCGGAGAGCAGGCGCUGAAGAUUGCUUCUCGCAAGAUUGCCCAAGAAGCAAUCCAUGGCUCUGGGGUUGACAUACAGACUGUACUCAGUGCUGCAAAGACGGUAGCUGAUGCAGCAGGGCAGACCACCGAAGCAGUUGAAGAGGCCAAGCCCCUUGCAUCAUCAACUAUCCAGACCAUCUCAUCUGCAGAUCCUAUUGUCAUUGCGGGAACUGCUGGAGCUUUAUUCCUCGCAUACCUCCUUCUUCCUCCCAUCUGGUCUGCCCUCUCUUUUAGCCUCCGUGUCCGUGGUUAUCAAGGUAUAUAAGCUUAUUACGAAAUGGAAUUGCUUCAUGUUCGCUUACUCCUGCUUAUAUCAACAAAGAAUUACCUUCUGAUAGAUAUUCGACCAGAGAAGGACAAGGACAAGGCUGGCAUUCCCCGCCUACCAUCGAGUGCUGAAAGCAAAAUGAUUGCCAUUCCUUUGGAAGAACUACCGAACAAAUUGAGAGGCCUUGUCAGAAACGCGAAGAAAGUAGAGGCAGAGAUAGCAGCUCUCAAGAUUUCUUACCUCAAGAGAGUUAACAAAGGCUCCAGCAUCGUGAUCCUGGACUCGUAGUCGGAUUCAGGAAAAAUAGUUGCAAGAGCACUAACCCGUCUAGGCUUUAAGAACUGUUGGACAGUAGCAGAUGGGUCCUCAGGAAGCAAGGGAUGGUUACAGAGCCGUUUAGACACAGAUUCGUACAAUUCAUCUUUCGCCGAGGUCAUUUCGCCGUCAAGAGUCGUCCCAGCAGCGGUGAGACGUUUUGGCACAACCAGCACAUCCGCAGAGUCUGGUCGAAAGCUUCUUCCUGGAUCCGACUGAGUAGCUUCUAAAUCAUUUCUUGUGUGAUUCUUUGAUGGAUGUUAGUUGGUCUAUUUUGUAAUUCAAUUCUGACCUCUAUAUAUUCUAGUUUUUUUUAUACAAACGA